CCGAGAAGCAGCAAAGGCUGGUGUACAUCAGCAGAAGCAGCCUUUGCUCCCGGCAGCCACAAGUGUCCCUUCCUAGCCAGCCGGCUCCAAGGACCGCAGCCCCUGCUCAGCCCCAGGACCCUGGGCCAGUCGGCCAGCCCUGCUGGAUGCAUUUUGGAGACGUCAAAGUCCUUUUCCCGAGGAUGUCAGUCACAAGGUCCAGAACAGCUGCAGUGGCUCUCCUCCUCCUCCUCAUCUUCCUCGAGGCUCACCUUUCCACACAAGCACCCGUGAACGGGUCUACAUGGUCUUACGUUGGUCCAGAUGGGGAGAGAAUGUGGCCCAAGAAGUAUCCCUUUUGUGGAGGGGUCUUCCAAUCACCCAUCGACUUCCACAAGGAUAUUCUCCAGUACGAUUCGACUCUUUUGCCAAUAAAGCCGGAGGGCUACGACGUGCCCUUCACAGAAGAGUUCGUUUUGACCAAUAAUGGACAUUCAGUACAAAUGAGUCUUUCGCCAACCAUGAGCGUCGGGGGCCUCCUUUCCAAGUACUCUGCGGCUCAGCUCCACUUGCACUGGGGAAACCAGAAGAAGCAGGAAGGAUCCGAGCACACGGUUGGCGGGAGGCAUUUUGCUGCUGAGCUCCACAUAGUCCAUUAUAACUCUGACAAAUACCCAGAUUUCCAAACGGCGUCAGACAAAGCAGAUGGACUGGCAGUCUUGGCUGUCCUUAUCGAGAUCGGCUCAUUCAACCCAUCUUAUGAAAAGAUCUUCAGCCAUUUCCAGGAGGUCAAAUACAAGGAUGAGAAAACUCUCAUUCCUGGUUUCAACGUCCAGGGCUUGCUCCCAGACCAACUGGACGAGUAUUACCGCUACGAAGGAUCCCUGACCACCCCUCCUUGCUACCCGAGUGUGCUUUGGACGGUUUUCCGAAAACCAGUACAGAUUUCAGAGAAACAGCUGUUGGAUCUGGAAACAGCCCUGUACUCUACCCAGUCCAAUGAUCCGGCCCCUCUUGAAAUGGUCAACAACUUCCGGAGAGUCCAGGAGUUUGAAGAAAGACUGGUUUCUGUCUCCUUUCGACAAGGUUUUGUCCUGUCCGUUGUAUUAACCAGCGGUCUGAGUACUGUUGCUCUCAUGGCCUUAGCCUUCUGGCUCAUUCGAAGGAAGAGGAGCAGCACAAGGACCAAGGAAGAGAAAGGAGUCAGCUACAAGCCAGCGGUAACCAAAGAAGAGCAGAGUAUCGCCAAAGCUUAAGCGCUGCUGUGGGCCACCCUGGGAGCCACGGAUUUGUGCCUUUGGCUCAAUAUUUAGGCUCCCUUGGCAGCUCAACAGCCCAAACAUUUGGUUAUCUCUUGCCAUUGUUUAUCCAUUAAAUCAAGGUGGGAUUUUUUUUCCGGGGGCAGGAAAAGGGGUACAUUUAGCUAUUCUCUUUUGUGGAAUAAGAUAUGAAAGAAGAGCAGACAGGCUUUUGAGUGGUUAAAAAACCUUUAACACAUAACCAACGAGAUUCAAAAGAAUAUCAAACAACAUAUGAGGAACUGGUGAGGAGCAAAAUGAGACAUUGAAGAAAGCCUUUGAAGGAUUCUCUGCAGUCUCAGUCAGAUAAAAUGAUCACUGGGGAUUGUGAGGAACCACAGCCAUUAAGAGUGGAUCCCGAUUCAAGCACCAGUACAGCCAAUAUUGUGAUUUGUGUGGGAACAAGAAGAGCAGAGAAAAAUGGGAGGAAAAUUAGCUCGUUGGGAGAGGCCUGCUUUCAAAGCUGGGUAGUCAGAUGAAAAAUAAAAACGAAACGGCAGUUAAAAUGCCACAGAUAUUGUGGUCCUGUUCUUACACGAAGCACAUCUGGAGAAGAGGGCAACCUAUAAAGGUAUUAGCACAUCUGGAUACUUGCUAUUUGAAAAACCCUUAUUGUACCUUAAAAGUUAGGAAGUAAAAAAGGGGGUGUGGUUUAAACUCUACCCAAUGAUUUCUCUCACUUCCCACACAAAGGGUGAGUUGCUGUCCGGCAGAAUUCUAGCAUGGGCCCCCCCUUCAGUCAAAAGCAGAACAUCCCAUGGUAGUCUAAUACUAACACAAUGAAAUUUCUGUUCUCUGAACAG